AUGUCCACGGACAGCAAGCGGCCGACCAGACCGCCGUACUACUGGCGCAGCCGCCUGCACUUCUACGCCACGGCCUACCUGUGCACGGCGGGGCUGACGAACCUGAACUGGUUCCCAUACGCCAUCUACAGGCGCGGUCGAGGUUCGUUCCUGGUGAUGUACGCGACCGUGAUGAGCCUGCUGGCUGUCCCCCUGCUUCACAUGGAGGCCAUUCUGGGACAGUUCACGCAUGCCGGAAACCGAGGAAUGCUCGAGUGCGCCCCCGCGUUCGCAGGUCUAAGCUACACGGCGGCCUACUUCUACGUGGCGAGCACGGUGAGCAGUGCACUGACAAUGUCCCACGCGGUGCUGUACCUGCUGGGAAGCAUCCAGGACCCGCUUCCUUGGGCCACCUGCCGAGGAUUGAACACCACCACCUGCUACGUACUCGAAGCCGGAGGACCCCAACCAUGCCGGCAAGUGCACCGCGCCCUGGCACUGCGCGUCGAGGCGGCCGGGGAACGUGACCGGCGGCCGGGAGUUCCCGUGGUGAUUGGUGACCGCGUCGUGCUCGUGCCACGACACCAGUUCGCUCGCAACUGCACGGUCGCCACCGUCAGCGCCGUCGAGCACUUCCAUCGGGACUUUGUGCUCCACUUGAGCAACCACCUCGACGUGUUGCACUUGAACACCGAUGUGGCGCUGGCAUGCGCCGCCACCUGGGCGAUCGCCUGUGUCGCUUCCUGCUCGCGCAUUGGGCGUAUUAGUGCGGUUCAGCUGGCAUUCCUCGUGCCCUUCUUAUCAAGUGCAUCCUUAGGCGUGAUAUGCGCUCCUUCAUUACCCUCGACGCUGGAACAUCUAGGCGUCGGCGCGUCUGACGUGGUGAUCUUUUCGCCUCGUUCAGCUGGCAUUCCUCGUGCCCUUCUUAUCAAGUGCAUCCUUAGGCGUGAUAUGCGCUCCUUCAUUACCCUCGACGCUGGAACAUCUAGGCGUCGGCGCGUCUGA